AUGGCCGCCGGAAUCUUCAACUCCACAUACUACGGUAAGGAUUACCGUGCCGGUGCCGCCCUCCUCCGUGCCCGCCGGCCAUUCCUUGUCAAGAACGCCCUGACUGGUUUCGGACUCUUCGCCUUCACAAUCGGUGUCUAUGCCUACACUAUCAAGGCCGUCGGCCAAGAAGAAUUCUCCGACGUAAAGGUCCCCGAGACCCCCGCUUCGUCCGAGAAGAAAUAA